GCUGAUAGGCUGGUAUGUUUCUGUAUCUUCUGCUCUUCGUGCCAUACGUUUCGGUGACGCAAACUCAUGUAAAGUUGCGACGUUGAGUCUACCUGUGCAGCCAGGACGCUGUUCAGCGCCUCUCACACGUGACGCGGUGACGCUGACAGAGAGGUAGAGACAGCGGCAGCAGCCAGACUCAGCUCUCGGUCAUUCAGCACCAGCAUCAACACCAGGACGAAGCAUCUUUGGAUUUCAUCCGGGCUCAGACUUUGGAACCAUGCGUGGACCAGCUGCAGCGGGGUUGUCGGUGCUGACCGCCUACCUGCUCUGCGGGCCGCUUCUCUGCGCCGCGGCCAGCAGCCAGCAGCCCAACGACCGACCCAUCAUCGGUGUGUUAGCACAAGAAAAUCUGCCUGAUGACCAGUUUGCUCGAGGAUCUUCUUACAUUGCUGCCUCCUACAUCAAAUUCCUGGAGAGUGCUGGAGCCAGGGUCGCACCAAUCAGGAUCAAUCGCACAGAAGAAGAAUAUAUCAAGAUAUUCAACUCAAUAAAUGGGUUGCUGCUGCCGGGGGGAGACGUAGACAUUCAGACAUCCCAGUUCAGUCGAGCUGCCAGGAUCUUUUACAACUUGGCUUUGAAGGCCAAUAAUGCAGGGGAUUACUUCCCCAUCUGGGGGACAUGCCAGGGCUUCCAGCAACUCUCCGUCCUCACCGCCAGAAGAAACCUGCUCACUCUCACCAAAACCAAGGCUGUGGCUCUGCCACUCAUUCUCACACCUGCGGCCCAGUCCAGUCGCUUGUUCAGGAAUUUUCCCAGGGAUGUGCUUCAGUCUCUGGCUAAUAAAAACAUCACCUCCAACUUCCACAGCUGGAGUCUUUCCAUACAGAACUUCACCCGAAAUGCCAAACUGAAGAUGUUCUACAGAGUGUUGUCCACCAACAGCGAUGGAGAGAAAGAAUUCAUCUCCACCAUGGAAGCUUAUCGCUACCCGUUCUACGCUGUGCAGUGGCAUCCUGAAAAGAGUCCGUUUGAGUGGAUAGAUAAACCAGGCAUGGUUCACACCGUCUCUGCUGUCAGAAUCAGCUUCUACACUGGAAGCUUCUUCGUCUCUGAAGCCUUGAAGAGCCAGCACCGCUUCUCCAAUCCUGCUGAAGAAGACAAAGCUCUGAUUUAUAACUUCUCCCCUGUCUACAGAGGCCUCAAUGCAGUCUUCAUCCAGAACUAUUACUUUGAUUGAUGAAUGAUGUUUAGGAACUAAAGGUCCUGAGUUCAGUUUAAUUAUAAUUUAUCAUGUGUCAGAAAUCAUUUUAUUAGCUCUGUUGUGAAAACUGGCAUAAAGUGGUGAGAUCUUUCCAGGUAACGCAGAAAACAGAUCAUAAAAAGACUGGGAGAAAUAAGUAAUCUUGUAUUUUGAUUUACUGAUUAUUAUAAAAUAAGUAAUCUCGAAUUUUGAUUGAUGAUUAUACAGAGAAUUCGAGAGUUUGAUGUAAUGAAAAGCAGAUCAAGAAAUGAAUAACAUGAUGAAUGAAAUGGUGAAAGGAAUUAAACUCAGAUGAUUAUUAAAAGAAGUUAUGUUUGCAGAAUUGAAUCAAAAAGAUGAUUAUGUUUAAUGAUUCAUGAUAACCAUACAGCAUACAUAAAAUUGUAACUAAAGUAAGCAUA